GGAGUGUUACAUUUCGAAUCUCUUCAUUUAUCCCUGCAAGCACCCAAGCAGAUUUUUCUUGAAAAAAAAAACCUAAUACCUUGUCUUCUUUCAUCUUUUUCUAGUGGCUUGAUUAGUACAUAUCUCGACAAUCCGCGGUGAGAAAUACUACAAGCAAAGAAAGAGAAUCCCCCCCGCCGAGAAACCAUCUUGAUCUAGCAAAUGGGUCUUGCUGCACCCCGAAAGAAAUCCAAGAUCUCACUCGAUCCUAACAAUACAAAUUGGUCGCGCUCAACAACUGGCUUCGGGCACAAGAUUCUCAGUUCUCAGGGAUGGACCCCGGGUAGCUUUCUAGGUGCACGAAAUGCUGCACAUGCGGAGUUAUUCACCACAGCAAGUGCGUCUCAUAUCCGCGUCACUAUCAAGGAUGAUACACUUGGCCUUGGUGCGCGACCGAGGCGGGACGUACUAGGCGAACCCACUGGUCUUGAUGCGUUUAGAGGCUUGCUGGGACGCUUAAAUGGCAAGUCAGAUGCAGAACUGGGGAUCGAGGAGAAGAGGCGCGAGAAUGCCAAGUUGGCUCGAUAUGCGGCCAGCAGAUGGCAGGCAGUUAACUUCAUUAGUGGUGGAUAUCUGGUCCAGGAAAAGGCCGAUGUCAGCGAAUCUGAUGAGCCCGCUCAAAUCAAGUCAGACACCGAGAGCCGCAGGACUAAUACGAGUGCUACUGAGGUCCAGAGAGGACCUGAAAGUCUUGAUUUUGUGGACCCGAAGGCAAGUCCUAUCAUUACUCAAGGUCAAAAUAAUGGCAGUAAUGGCAGUUGUGGAAGGCAACUCUCAGACAACCAGGCCUCCUGUAAGAAAAAGUCCAAGAAAAGGAAGAACAAAGAAAGGCAAGAAGAUAGCGGUUUCGAACACACAAAGACAGACACAUCGGAUCAAAACUCCCCUACAGAAAUGCCUGCAUCGACUUCAAAGUCUCUGCCAUCAAGGGAACGCCGUCCGAUGGGCAGGCAUGUUUUCAGAAGCCGUCACAUUGCACAGAAAAAGAGAGCUCUUCUCGACGAAAAAUCGUUGAAUGAGAUAUUUAUGGUCAAGUCAUAAUACCCUGUCUCUUGACUCGUGUCGUGUAGAGGCUAGACUAGAAUUUCCCACUACUUAAAUACCCAAUGUGAUUAUAUCUAUACAGGC